GAAACCUUCUCGACAAUCCAUUCCGCCCUCUACAAUCACCAAGUAGUAGUCUUCAAAAACCAACACCACCUCUCCCCAAGAGCCCAGUACCUCCUCACCCAACGCUUCGACCCCUCCUCCACCCAAUACGGACACGGCAAAACAAUUGAUGCAAAGCGAAGCAUCCUGCACCCAGACCUAAAGACCGUACCACAUCAGCCGCAAGUCCAAAUCAUCGGCCAUGGCUCCAUCGACUCCUACGAAGGUCUAUCCAACUUCCAAUUGAAACACCCACAUCACAAGACCUUCCACCGCGAUGUGAUUCCCCCGGAAGAGGAUUAUGAUUUCACCCGGUUCUACAGAUGGCAUAUCGAUGCUGCGCUGUAUGAGUAUUAUCCCCCGAAGGUAACGACGUUACUUGCGGUGAAGGUCCCGAAGGGUCGACGACAGACACUCCGGUAUGAUGACGAAUCAAAUGAGACGAUGGAUGUGCCCCUCGGAACGACAGCCUUUGUCACUGGGGAGCGGAUGUUUGAGAUGUUGUCCGAUGAGGACAAGGAGUUUGUGUUGGGGAGCAAAGUUGAAUAUGCACCUCACCCAUACAUCUGGAUGAGCCCCGCGCGCUCCCUCCCGACAGGACUCGGCCUCUACUCCGAAGGCCUCGAACUACCUGAAUCCGAACUCCCGCCCAUCGACCAAUCAAAGAUCAUGAUCCUGCCCAUGGUCUGGAAGAACCCGGUUACAGGGAAACCCGCGCUGCAGAUCCACCCCUCCGCUGUGCGGAAGAUCCACCAGAAAGACGGCAGCGUGAUUGAUGAUCUCGCCCGUGUCCGGGAAAUCGUCUACCGGUUGCAGCGUCCGGGUAUCAGCCCGAAACAUGUGUACGCGCAUGACUGGGAAGAGGGGGACCUGGUCUUGUUCCAUAACCGAGGCGUGUUGCAUUCCGUGGUGGGGGCAUUUGGGGAUGAUGAGGUGAGACUGUUUCGACAGUGUAAUCUGGCGGCCGGGGAGGCGCCGGUUGGGAUGAGGGAUUGA